GGACAGAGCUACAGUUGCUGAUUUGAAUCAAACUAAAAACGGAAUUCGAAUAAAUCAGAUGUUGGCAUUGGCUAGUGUAAGUUUUGUGAAAAAUGAGUAUGACUCAGACUCUUUGUUCGCCCAGCAACAAGAGGGGCGAACUACAUGUACACUAUCACUAAAAGCGUCGAGGACAGAAAAAAACGACAUACGGCAUCAUGGUGGCUGACGACAGCGUCUUUAGUCCACAGCACGCAACUCCCCAUAGCCCUGCUCCCAUGUCCUCCGCAGGUCAUCAUGCGGCACAAGACGUCGAUCAGGACACGACCACGACGGCGGUACGAGCUGCUCAUGUUGAAACGCAAGAGUUCCUCGGAGUCUCCGGGGUCGUCUCUGGACCGAACAACAGUGGUGGUCGUGGUUCUGGAUACGAACCGGAAAGAAGGGUGAAUACCAUUACGGACGAAGACGUACCUGACCCGCCCCACGAAAAUGAUCUACAAGAAGCGAGAAUUGAAGGCGAAGAGUUUGAGCACGACGAGGAGCGCGGCCAGCACGACGAGAACGAUCAUUCUGACAGUCUUCUCGGGGAAGAAGAGCCCCAGAUCGAUGACGUGGUUCUGGAAGAUGAGGAAAACGCGCUGCUGGGAGGUCAGGAUCGGCUGGAGCAGCAAGUAGAUCAUGCCGUAUCGUUAUGUAGGAGAAACUCCAGCAUCUUAGUCACACUAUAUAUUACAAGAGUCGUGUUUAUUUGAUAGACGUCUUUUCAUGCCUGAAGUCACCAUGCAAUAUUUUUCCAACUUUUGACUUCAUGUCUCGGAAGGAAUGAAUCAGAUCGAUUGAAUUCGAGCUCUUGGAUCUCAAUUACUCUCGAUGGUGCUACUAGUUUCCAAUCGCAUAUGCCGACCGCGCAACCCAGCUGAGCACCGAAAUCAUGCGGAUUCGCAGCCGCACACUUCUACCCCGCUGAAAGAUCGUGUCGUCGCCGUGUAAAAAGGUGGUGGAAGCUCCUGCUCCAUUAGGUUGAAGAAAUUGCACAUCAUCACAAGCAGAGUCGUGUUUGAAAAAUUCAGUAAUUCGCAAUAGACUAAAAAAGAUGCUCAUACGUGGUCCACUUCGCAUGAGAAGGUUGUUCUUGCCGAUGAAAUUUCUACAAGCACAGACCAGCACUGACUACAUGAUCUAUUAUGUGCAGCUCCCUGUCUUCCCACUUCGCUUCCGCUUCCUUCCUGCACGCCGACAGGACGUCGUUUGUCAACACGCAUUUUCCGCACUAAUCGACGACCUGUCCUCAGAACUCGCUGCGGUAGAACGUACGGAGUCCAAAAUCGAAACCAUGCUGCAACAAGUGGAGGAGGCGUGUGGAACUUUGACGGGAUUGGAGAAAAAACCGCGGGUCGACGCGCAGGCGGCUGAUCACGUCCUGGCUCUUGCGGAUCACGAGGAGGAAAAAGGGAUCUAUCCUGUGCAAAAGUAUCGUACUCGUAUUGCAAUCAUGCGUCACAAAUUUUCAUUUUUUUCUUAAGGUAAAUCCGCAUUACAAAUUUCUAUUUCAUCUCUCAUGCUCAGAAAAGUUGUAAUGCAUCUAAACGACGUCGACGAGUACGAUACUUUUGCACAGGAUAGGAUUGGAGGCGCAACUGAAGCGGGUCCGAGUGGACCUCUUCUACUUUUGCAUGGUGCAUCAGAGGUGCCAGAAGCACCAGAAGUACCAGCAACUGCAUCCUCCUCUUCUAGCAGUACAAAUUCACAACUACUAGUUUCGGAUGCAGAAGAAGUUCUUGCGAAUCCGCAAGACGAACAGGAGCAGGCCUUAACCUCUUUAGUUGUGCGAGCACCUGAUGAAGUUGUAACUGCGACAUUCACAAGGAGAGGCAGCAUCUCAUCUGACCAAUCGGACGAGCUCGACGCUUCAACUGAGUCCUCCGCCCCGGCAGAGCAAAUUAUCCGAGUCAUGAACUCAGUGGAGCUGGAAGAGAAAAUCAAAACGCUGGGAACGCGCGUUGCGAAGCGUCGGGAGGACCUGCUGCAAAUGCGGGUGGAAAUCGCGAAGGCGAAAGGGUUACGUAUUCGCAAAAGUAUGAUCGCACUUUGUAAACUUUUGGAGCAAGAAAUGAAAUUGGCUCGGCAUGGCAAACGAAAAUUGUAUAUGCGGCUCUAUGGCAAGAACGAUGAAUAUACAAAGAUUUGUAAAUGCAUGCAUGCAAUGGGAUUGAGUUUGAGAAUCAGAUCCAGAUUCACAAUAACUACGAAUUAUACUUUUGGACAGCAUAAGGCUUUAUUCAGCAGCGGGAGGAGGAAGCUAUGAAAUGCAAAAGCAUCGUACUAGUAUAAAUCGCAUGACAAAUUCCCUCAGCAUGAAAGAUAGAAUUUGUAAUGCGGAUUUGGCUUCAGAGGGAGAUUUGUAAUGCAUGAUUGCAAUUACUACGAGUACGAUACUUUUGCAGAGCAUAGAAGCGCGCGCAGUGUUGCGGGAGCUGGACCAAACGCAAUGGCACUUGAACCGGCUGCAAAACGGAAGUGCGGAUGACAGCUUCGUAUUCUGUGCAAAAGUAUCGCACUCGUAUUGCAAUCAUGCAUUACAGAUCUUGUUCUUGAGGUAGAUCAGCAUUACAAAUUUUCUUUCUCAUGCUGAGGAAAUUUGUAAUGCAUUUUAUACGUUACGAGUACGAUACUUUUGCACUGCGUACUUCGUUCCGUUUCCCGAAACCUCGGAGGUGUACAAGAAGAUGGUGGAAUAUCCAAAAAAACACAACCAUCCCCAUCCAAUUUGUCAUGCAAAACAUGAUUGAAGUUUUGUGUUUGUCAUGCAUAAAAUGGAUGGUGAUGGUUGUUUUUUCCUGGAUAUGGAAACAUUGAAAACGGUGAGAUUUGAAGGGAGACGAAAGGUAAUGGCGGAUAGGGGGGAAGAAGCAGAGUUCUUGGCAACAGAAGCCGGAAAGGAAAACCACCAAGAACUACCAGAACAUCGAGUCGCUACAACAAAUGCAGCGGAGCAAGCGAGUAUUGAAAGAGCGACGCCAAGGCCGUCUUUCCUGUUGGUUCCCAAAAAUCAAAAUGUCUUGCUCGACGGAAACGUAAGUGUGGAUCGAGCAGCAAGAAAAGGUGAAGCUGGAAGAGCUGACUCUUUGGAGUCGGAGGCGCGCGAUGUGAGCAGGAACCAAAAUGAGGACGACCGGACUGGGGAUGGAAAAACUGGUUUAAUUGCCGGUCCUGUUCUUGUUCCGCAUAGAAUUUCAAUUUUAACUUCUAGCACCACGUCUGUUCCCGGUCCGCCCGACGGCUACGCGUACCCGGUGAAAAGGCGGAAAAUUGAAGCUCUGUCGGUGACCUCCGCGACUCCUGAAGACUUUCGGGCACCGGUCGUUGGACGAACAGCUGGUUGUAAGAACUCGGCACCAGUUCUUCGACCCCCGUUGCGAACAGGUGGGUCCUCUUCAUCUUCUAGUUUUUCUAGGAACUGCACCUGCUCAGGCUCAGGCCCAGCAAAUGGCACAACAGCUACUUCGCUCGCUGUUAGCGUGAACAGUCGUGCCGGUUUUGAGAUGGAAACCCUGGCCAGCACUCGUGCAGCAGGGGAGCCAAGACUACCACUCUCUGCGUCAGCGUCGCCCGGUUCAUUAACCGUCUUGUCUCCACCUGUGUUUUGUGGCAAAGUGGAAGAUAGAAGUCAUGUUGGAUCGACGAGGCCCAGCCCCGAUUUGGAGAUGAGAUCGCCAUCAAGACUACACGAGGAAUCCGCUCCACAUCAGAGUGCAACUGGGGUACUACCACGCGAGGAUGCGCGACGGAACGCGCAGGUAGUACACGGGGAACAAGAAACCGAAAACAACGACGAAGCAGAUCCCAACUUCAACACCUUCUGCGCGGUUUGUCAAUGCGACUUCGAAUACGGGGAUGAGUUGAAAGUUCUACCCUGCGGGCACACUUUCCACACGGCAUGCAUUCUCAAGGCUUUGCAGUACUCGACGAAGUGCCCGCUGUGUCAGAAGAAGGUGCUUCCGUGAAGUGAAUAGGUUGAGCGCACACGCAAAAUUUGACUCUUGGCACAGUUUGAAAAAGGCGAGAAAGCCCGACGCACGAAUUGAUUUAAAUAAACUUGAUGACCUCUCCUCCAGCUUCACCCGGAAUUUUGUUCUUCGUUGCACACCAUCAACACGAGAGCCCGUCAAUGAUGUCCAUUCUUGCGCGAAGAGUCGGCACGAAAUGCGGAAGAAAGAAGAUACUACGCAGCUUACGACUUUGAAAGAAAGGCCUUGCUGAUGCAAGGUGGCAAGCUGAAGAGUCCUCGCUGUGUUACGAGUAUUGGGCCCUGUUAACAUACGCGCCAUGCUUCUGGUCUAUAGUACUUGUCUCAUGAGCUUUUUAU